AUGGCUGCCAGAUCCACCCUCGCGAAUGCUGCCUUUGGCACGUUCGCGCCAAGGACCAUUUUCAUCAAGGCUUCGCCCCCGCCUCUCACCUUUGCUGAGCGCCGCGCUGUCCUUCACGCGCUCAAGAGGCAUUGUAGGAUCGAUUUCUUCCGAAAGAUUAGGUUUGUCAUUCACAUCUUCCCACGCCAUAUGGCCAAGAAGCACGUGGAGCUCGUAGAAGACUCCCCUCUUCACGGUCCGUGGCCCGGACCCCCGGAUACGGUGUCCUUCGUGGCCCGAAAUCUCAGGCGGUCAAUCCGCGACCAGCCAGCCCUGAAAGAUGGCUUCUCCGACUGGGAAACGGGCGGGCAGCUGCAGGAAGACGGUGACGCGCCGGCAAAGGCCGCGGAUAUUGGCCCAAGGCACUAUGCGCAGAGGCGCCAGAAGCGGCGGGAGGCCAAGAAGGGGCUUGGCGGCAUCCUGGAAGACUUUUGA